AUGCGCGGACAGCACUCUGCGUACCCGCCACCUUCGGUGUUCACGCCUCCCUUUGGCCCAGCUCACCCGGCCCUGCCGCACCCUAGUCCGCACCGCAGCCCGUUUCGCCCCGCACAGGGCCCCGCACCACGACCACCCCCAGCACCAUCAUCGCACCCUCGCACCCAUCACCAACGCCCGCGCCACCAGCAGCCGCACGGCCGCCCAGACCAGUUCUUCCGCGACCCCAUGAGCAAUGGGCCCAUCUCGUCCAUCGCCGUGGGGAGCAGCGGCAGCGCCGGCAACACCGCCUACUCCUCGCCCUUUGAGAUUCCGCUUGGCUACGACGUUGCCUCUGUCCCCUUCACCUCGCUCGCCGUGUCCCCUUCCUCGUCCCCCUCCACCGCGCCCAGUACCUCCGUCGCCGUGACUCAUCACAAGCAGAUGGCGCAAGAAGAUGCCUCUCCCAUCACACCACCCGCAACUGCAACCGCCACCUCCCCAUCAAAGGUGCGAACCAACGGCACGCGCCACCACCGCCCAUCCCCGCGAUCGUCGUCAGGAAAGACGAUCAAGACCGCCGUGGCCACAGCGAUGACGACGAUGGCGCCGACGCGACCGCCGCUCCACCUGUACAACGAGUAUGGAACCGCGCCAGUAACCAGGACUACGACGACCGCAGCAGGUCACGCGCAUCAUCAUCAUCAUCAUCAUCGUUACGAACAACAACACGAACAGCAGCAGCAGACAGCACAACAACAGGAGCAUCAGCAGACGGAGCGGACACAACCCAAGGCCGCCACGACCUCCCGCCACUCCAAGACGCCCACAAAGGCCAAGCGAGCAAAGAAGAGGCGCGAGAAGAACGCACAGGGCAGCGAGCGGCCCGGUCACGUGCCAUCAUCAGCGCCGGCAUCAUCAGCAGCAGCAUCAACAUCAAGGUCAUCGGCAUCAGGAUCAAGGAGGGCCGCCACGGCGACUGCAGGCAAGACGACACCAGGCAAGAGCCGCGCGAAAGGAAAGGCAACCGCAUCGAACGGGGAUGACAUCCGCCCGCGAUCAAAGAGCAGCGGCUCCAAAGCCCGCGAACACAGCAGACACACUGGUGGCGGUGGUGGUGUGGGGGCAUCGCUGGAGGGAACGCACCUGCUGCAGUUUUUAACCAACGGCGGCCCAGCCGUUGCCGCCACACCUGGUGGUGAUGGUAUUGGCGUUGGUGGUAGUGAUAAGCAACAGAAGCCAGAUCAGCACCAGAAGCAGGAUGAGUACCAGAAAUAUUCGUAUGGACGUGGACGUGGACGUGGAGGGGCGAAGCAUGGGGCUGCCCAUCUUGAUCAGCGAUCGCAGAGCGACAGCAGCGGCAACGCGGACGUGCGGCGGUCCCGUGCAAAGGUGACAGCGACACGAGCAGUGAUGUCAUCGCCAGGAAAGGCGCCACCCACGCAGCAGCACCACACCAGGCAACACCAGCACCACCACCAGCAGCCACUUCACGCGAUGCAACUGCUGCAACACCUGCAAGGCCGCAGCCAACACGACUCGCAGGCACAUGCACCAGCGCCGCCACCCACGUCGCCCCCACGCCCGUCAUCAUCAUCGCCACUGUCGUGCGAGCCCCGGGCAGAGACGCCGACGAGCCGGCAGUUUUAUUGGCCGGACGGGCAGCGCUUUGCAGUGCCCAAGUUCGUCCUUGAUCGCCGCAUCCAGCACAUUGCAUGA